AUGCAAUGGGACUGCCGCACUUGGGCACGCACGUGCAUUCAAUGCCAGCACGCCGAAAUCACCCGGCACGUCACGUCGCCACUAGGAGAAUUCCCCCUCCCGACGAAAUGGUUUCAGCACGUCCACAUCGACAUCAUUGGCCCCCUCCCACCAGCCGGCCCGUACCGCUAUUGCCUACCCGCCAUCGAUCGUUACACUCGUUGGCCCGAGGUGUGGCCGCUUGAAAAGAUCACCGCAGAAGACGUCGCAUCAGCCUUCUUCUCCGGCUGGGUUUCACGCUUCGGCACUCCUCGUCGAGUCACUACCGAUCAAGGAAGGCAAUUCAAAUCUCAACUCUUCAGGCUCCUCGGGCUCUCCACCGGGUUCGACCGUUCACGGACAACUAGCUAUCACCCUUGCGCCAACGGGAUAAUUGAACGGUUUCACCAGCAGUUCAAGGCAGCCAUCAUGCGCCGCCCUCACUCAACCUGGCUCGAAGCUCUUCCGGCUGUUGCUCUCGGUCAGCGUGCAACUUUCAAGCCAGACAUUCAAGCCAUGCCCGUGGAACUCGUCUACGGGGAGCCGCUUCGGCAACCUGCAGAACUCCUCUCCACUCCGACCUCCGAUGUAACCAGCUCGGACCCUGCAGACUUCGUCGCUCGACUCCGUCGCACAAUGGGUGCGCUGUGCCCCUCACCAGAGGCUCGCCACAUCAAGCCGACCCCGUUUGUGUUUAAGAACCUGGCAACAUGCUCGCACACCUUCCUCCGCGACGACACCGUACGCGCACCUUUCAAGCUGCCUUACUCCAGACCUUACAAAGUCAUCUCUCGCGACGACAAAACAUUCCCCCUGCAAAUCAGUGGAAAGAACGUACGCGUUUCCAUCGACCGCCUUAAGCCAUCAUACAUCCUUUCCCAGGAGCCUACUAACCCCCGCACGCCACUCUUAAUUCGCCGACAACAGCCCGCAACGCCUAGGCUCGCACCCUACACCACCCACCUUGGACGCCAUUUGUGGAUCCCCAAACGUCUUCAACCCUGA